GUAGCUUUUAGUUUUUAGGGACACACUAUGGAAUGUGGUAAUUCUUCAAAAUGGUCGCUUUGUAUGGUUUGCCAACUUGCAUGUCUGUGUAUUAGAGUUCUUUGUUUUCAUUAUUUAUUAAUUAUAAUCGAAUAGCAAGGCCAAAACACAUUGUUAUCAUUAUUGUUUUCUACGUACGUGAAUAUCAGUGCUAUAAUCUAUAUUUGUGGUGAUCAAGAAAGAUGUCAUCGGUAAUGUGAGAGCAUUCGACUAGCAUUUUUAUUUCACGGGAUUAUGACGUUUAAGAAUCUCAUUUGGAUUUGCAAGGAUUAAAAAAAAAUCAGUAUGUUCAGUUGAUAAAAUGUCAAUUAAAGUGGAACAUUAGCUGGGUACCGAAAAUAUUUGAAGGACUAGUACUAAAACAGUGUGAUACGAGAUUAGAGAUGCGAACUGUGAGUUUGUGUGGGAACGUGAUGGCCAUGUGAUGGGAGGCGUGGGGUGAGAGGUGAGGCGCACGGGCGCGGGCGUCAUGAACCCGCCGGCGCCCGGCAAGACGGCCGCGCGCUCAUCAGGGUACAACCAGAAAGCGCUCGCCGAAAUCCGAAACUCAUUACUCCCGUUUGCUAACAUCGGGAGCUCAGAGCCUCCGGGCUCUUCCGCUGCCAGUACUGUCAGUUCGGGAGUCAGUUCUGGCUUCAGUUCCACCUCAGGGAAUGGGCUGGAUAAGGACUUGAGCGUACUACCUCAGUCAUUAAAUCAGCUUAUAGCUCUGGGUUACGAUGAAGAUCCAGCAGUCAAGGCGCUCAAAUAUGCCGGCGGUCGUUUCGACGCGGCACUCGAUUAUCUUUCGAAGAAGCAGGAGCCGCUCAACGGCGUCCUCAAGUCGAGUAACCUGAGCGCGCUCAGCACCAAAUUAAUAAGGAAACCAAGUUUAGAGCGCGAGAUUAACCUCCACCGAGGCAGUCCGGCGCUCGACUCCGGAGCGGGGAGCUCACGGUCGGACAGUCCGAGGCAGUCGGACGCACCGCCUUUGCCCCAUGAGAAGCUCAGUCGGCAGUACUCGCCGUCAGGGUUCUCGGAGCCUCCGCCGCCGCCGCCGCCGCGAUGUCCCUCGACGCCGCCCGUGCCGCCUUCGGUGCAGCAAUACAUGAAGAGGAUAUCGCCAGCCCCGCCUCUACCGCCGGCAAGGGGCACGAGUCCUGUGGCUGCCGGGGCUCCGACGCCGCCCGCGCGGACCCCCAUGAUCGUCCAGAACGGCCCGCAGGUGCAGCAGCAGCUGACACAGCAGAUCCAGGCGCUGAGCAUCUACCAGACGGGGCCGACGGGCGCGGAGCUUCCACCGCCAUAUCCUCUCUCGAGCGUCCCUCCACCGCCUUCGUACUCCGUGUCCAUGCAGAAUCGACAGAGUCCCACUCAGUCCCAGGACUACAGGAAGAGUCCGUCCUCGGGGAUAUACUCGGUGGGGACGUCAGCGGGUUCUCCGAGCCCCAUAACGGUGACUCAGUCGUCUGGAUCUUCGGCGGGUAUGACGCGUCCGACUCCCAUCCAGGCGUGGACGGCUCGGCAGGCCGUCCAGCCGCCUAUCAUAAUGCAGUCGGUGAAGAGCACGCAGGUUCAGAAGCCAGUACUGCAGACGGCCAUCGCUCCGGUGGCUCCUCCGCCGGUGGCUCCGGGUCAACCUCCGCCGCCGUCUUACGCGAGCUCGAUACAACAGAAGCAGUCCCAAUCGAAGCCCGGGUACCCUCUCGCGCCGAAGCCGUCGCCCCCGGGGUCCACGCCGCCGGCGACGACCCCCGUCCCUACCACGGAGCCCCCCAGCUACGCCAUCACGAUGCAGGCGCUGGCCGUUCAAAGAGGGAUGCACCCUAUUCCUCCGCCGCCCUACGGCAACCAGGCCGAGACGACCACGACCGUCAACUCUCACCAUUCUCCAUUACAUAAAAAGUUCUCUAAUAACUGUGAUGUUAAGGGUGAAUCUUCGCAUAUGGAACUGAAGUGUUCGAAUCAAAACUGUAGUAUGAUGAAAGAUAGUGUUCCGUCCGGUUCCGAUAAGAGUUCGAAUGGCUCGACGGAGAGGCGGUCGAAGGGCGCCCCCGACAAGAUCAGGCAUCAGUCGCCGAUCCCCGAGAGGAAGAACAUCAGUAAAGAGAAGGAGGACGAGAGGAGGGACUGUAAGGUUAGGAAUUAUUCCCCGCAAGCCUUUAAAUUCUUUAUGGAACAACACGUCGAAAAUAUUCUCAAGGCGUACAAGCAGCGGACGUAUCGGAGGAUGCAGUUGGAGAAAGAAAUGACCAAGAUAGGCCUCAGCUCCGAGGCGCAGGAUCAGAUGAGGAAGAUGCUGUCCCAGAAGGAAUCCAACUACAUCAGGCUGAAGAGGGCGAAGAUGGACAAGUCCAUGUUCGACAAGAUAAAACCGAUAGGCGUCGGGGCGUUCGGGGAGGUGACGCUGGUGAGGAAGAUCGAUACUAGUCAUCUAUAUGCCAUGAAAACGCUCAGGAAAGCUGAUGUGUUGAAGCGAAACCAAGUGGCUCACGUCAAGGCCGAGCGGGACAUCCUUGCGGAGGCCGACAACGAGUGGGUCGUGAAGUUGUACUACAGCUUUCAGGAUAAGGACAAUUUGUAUUUCGUUAUGGACUAUAUACCGGGGGGCGAUCUGAUGUCCUUGUUGAUAAAGUUAGGUAUCUUCGAGGAGAACCUGGCGCGGUUCUAUAUCGCGGAACUGACGUGCGCGGUGGAGAGCGUGCACAAGAUGGGCUUCAUCCACCGGGACAUCAAGCCGGACAACAUCCUCAUCGACCGCGACGGACACAUCAAGUUGACGGACUUCGGUCUCUGCACCGGCUUCAGGUGGACGCACAAUUCAAAGUACUACCAGAGAAACGACCACGGCCGACAGGAUUCAAUGGAUCCCGUGGACGGAGAGUGGGGCGCGAUGGGGGAAUGUCGCUGUCACCAGCUGAAACCUUUAGAGAGGCGGCGGAAACGGGAGCACCAGCGCUGCUUGGCCCACUCCCUCGUCGGGACACCGAACUACAUAGCACCCGAGGUUUUACAGAGGACUGGAUACACGCAGCUCUGCGACUGGUGGUCGGUGGGGGUCAUACUGUUUGAGAUGCUGGUUGGGUCUCCGCCUUUUCUGGCGUCCACGCCCGCCGAAACUCAAUUAAAGGUCAUAAACUGGGAGAGCACGCUGCACAUACCGGACGCGGCGAACUUGUCGCGGGAGAGCAAAGACCUCAUACUACAACUGUGCUCCGGCCAGGAGACCAGGUUGGGCAAGGACGCCAACGAAGUCAAAAACCAUCCCUUCCUCAAGAGCAUCGACUUCGAGAAGGGUCUGCGGCGGCAGACGGCGCCCUACAUACCCAGGAUAGACUACCCCACGGACACCUCCAACUUCGACCCCAUAGACCCCGACAAGCUGAGGAACUCCGGUUCCGACUCCAACAAGUCGGACAGCGAGCUGGACAACGGCAAGACCUUCCACGGCUUCUUCGAGUUCACCUUCAGGAGGUUCUUCGACGACGGUUACACCAACAAGAUCAACCUGGACGACGACCAUCAGGGACCUGUGUAUGUGUGACACACACACGCACAACUCGGGGGCGGGGUCGCAGGUGGGGGCAGCUUCUCCCCUGGCUAUCUCGCAAAACAUGAACUCUCCUAUAUUCUUAUCAAAGUGUAAACGGUGCCUUAUCUGACGUAAUAGCCGUACUCGCCCCCCUCGGCCAGAAGCUCGCUACGGCCAUAGCCAUUACUCUCUCUAAACUCUCUCUUAAACGAGUAGUUGUUGUAAACAUAACGAAUGUAACGUAUAUAUUAAUAUAUAUAUAUUUAUCUGUACAUAUAAAUAUAUAUAUAUUAAGACAGUAUUGUUAAUAAUCCCGGUGAUAAUGUUGUAAUAUUGUAUCGUUAUGUAUUUGUAAGUAUAGAAGUUGUAUUAUAUGUGGGCGGCCCGGCCCGCGCCCGCCCGCGCCGCCCGCCCGCGCCGCCCGUUCGUGUAUACUAUUUUUGUAACUAGAGAAAUUAUUUAUGAGAUAAGAACAAUUAGCUUCGACGGAGGGUCGAUAUAUUUUGAUAUGUAUUUAUGACACGGAGUCACUGGACGUGUAACACGGCGUGCCUCGGCCGGUGCAGAGCGACUCUCACCGGCGCGCGGGGACAUGAGUUCUGGGAUCCCUGCAGGCGGUGGGAGUAUUUUUUUUAUAUAACUCGAUAUAAUUUAGAGAGUGCAAUAAAUAUUUAUUAACAGUACGGCCUCGCGCUCCUCGGACGCACUCGCUCGAGUCGGAUUCGUUGUAGACGUGAUGUCUGCUCGCGUUUCCCGGAGGUAUGUAUUUAUGUUUAAACUAACAUCAAAUUGUACGUAGUCGCAAAUAACUGAUAUUGUGAACAAAUGGCGUGUGAAUAGGGUAAUCGCUGAUCGUCUGCGGUCCCCGGACCUUGUACAGUAUGUUGAAUGAGUCAGACAAUCUUAAGUUAUGUGUUAUACGAUGUAUAUUGUUUUAUUCUAAAAUGAGACAUGCUUUUAAGUAAUGAAAAUAAAAUAUGGGAAUUCUGUU